AUGUACGAAGGGAUUGACAACCUGAAAUCCCUUUACGACCGUGCCGGGAAAACUUUCUCCGGCGGGCCUUCUGCGGCACAGGAUGUACCGCGUCGUACUGCUCAACCAGACCCAGUACGUCAACCAUCAGUUGGGAGCGGGGCUCCCAAGUAUCCCAGGACGGGGGAUAGCCACGCCACCGGACGAGAUAACUCGUCCGACGUCCGUUCACGUCGCGGUGGUUCAACAGCUGCUCAACCAGAUAGCGCUGGCCACCGCGAGAGUCCUCUAAUGGAGGUGGAGGAGGAGGGAAAACGCUCUCCACACAAUCGUGGGGAAGCGUGUGUCUCCGAGAGCCUCUUUAAUCGCGUAACUCUUGCGCUACGCGGCGACCUCGAGCAUGAGCGGGACAGGCGUCUUCAACUGACGUACGCUGUAUCGAAGCAUCGAGCUGAGUUGGCCUUUGCUCCGCUUGGGAACGAGAGAGCUCUGACGUCUCUGCGUGACGAGCUAAGGGUAGCUCGUGAGAUUGUUGAUCGGUCUCGGGAUGAGAUAACUGCUAUUCAGACCCUUGUCGAUGCCCACCAUCGGGAGCACAAGGCUCUCUGCGAGAUGCUUGAGCGCAAGGGCGUUCUUCAUCGGAAGAAGCAGCGUACUGAUGGUACGGCUUAA